GUGAGAGCAACAGACACACAAUGGCUCAACUCCCCUGGAUUCAAGGCUUUUUCUUCAUCAUCCUGCAGCUCACAGCAGCAGCAGCUGAACAAAGAUCUCACUUUGUUGUCAGAGAUGGAGAUGAAGUCACUCUGCCUGCUCAAUGUUUUAGAAACCAGGUGCAAUCCUGUAAUAAAACUACCUGGAUAUUCAGUGGUCAAGGAAAUACAACAGUAACACUGUAUGAAGAUGGAAAGAUUCAUAAAGAUUCCAGAAUUAAAUCAGACAGACUGAGUGUUACAGCAAACUGUUCUCUGGUUAUAAAGAAGAUCUCAGUGGAGGAUGUUGGUCUUUAUGCCUGCAGACAGUUUGACUCAUCAGGACACAACGUAGCAGAAUGGGUGGUUGAUCUGUCUGUUGUUAAAAUGACUGAACAGAAGAUCAGUGAUGAAACCAUCCUGAUCUGCUCUGUGUUGAAACUUGGUGGAUGUUCUCACUCAGUGAAGUGGCUGUAUGAUAAGAAAGAUGAUGAAAAUAUCAGAACCAUAACUCCGCCUCAGUCUGCCUGUUCAGCCACUGUUAGCUUCACAACUUCUCCUCAUGUUUCCACAUCAAAACGUUCUGAGUUAUUCAGAUGUCAAGUUAAACCUGAAGGAAACAUCAAGGAGUUUACCUUCAGGAUUUCACCUCCGAGAGAAAAACCAGGUACGACACGACCAACCAAAGUAACGACGACUUUGACUAGAAUGAAACCAACAAAAGCUAAAGAGACAAUCCAACCCACAACAGGAAGUUAUUCAUCAAACUCUGAAGACUUAUGGAAAUACGUUGCUGCAGCUGUUGGUUCAGUUCUGCUGAUAAUAAUUAUUGCUGCAGCAAUCAGAUGGAGAAAGAUUGAAGGAAACAAAACACAAAUGAAUAAAAACACAAAGUUGGUCCCUGCAGGGUCUCAGGCUGCAGGAGGAUCCAGUCACAACUUGGAUGAUCCUGAAGGUGGUGUCACCUACGCCUCCAUCAGCUACACCAAGAAGACCAACAGAAACAACAAAGUCAUUGAUCAUGAAGAUGAUGAUGAUGGCACAGUGGACUACAGCACAGUGAACUUUUCAUCCUGAGAUGAUCCCAAUAAACUCUUCGCUGCCAUCAACAAACCAAAACACUGAGACAUUUUGUGACUCUACUGUUGGUGACAGUUAUGGUUAAUUCAAACAAGUAAGAAUUCAGAUUACACAUAAUACCAUAUUAAAUUCAAAUAAUUUUGGUCAUACAUUUUUACAUAAAUUUAAAAUUUUACUUUGAUAAUUGUUGUUUUUCUCUUUGAGACCAGAAGAGGGCGCUGUAAGACAAAGAUCACACAAUAUAUUUUAAUCUUUAGUAAAAGAAUAACAAAAUGAGAAAUGUUUAGGAAUUGAAAGUCUGUCGGAUUAUUGAAUAUGACUUCACGUUGUGCACAAGUUGAAAAGUUUUUGUUAUUCAUUCAACUCUCUUUUAAAUCUAUUUAAUAAUUCAUUUUUUCCUUGUGUUAUUUGUCUCGUUUUCAAAUAGUUUGGCUCAGUUUUUGCUGAGCCAGACAGAUUUAUUUGGUUAUUUGAUUCUCUUUACUGUAAUUUAUUGUGUUACUUUUGCUUUUUAAAUUCAUUUUCUAGAGAUUUUCUUUUCUGUUUUAAAUCAUUUAUUAGUGACUUGAUAACAACUUGAGGUAACAAUGUUUCCUCACUGCAUUAUGAAACUGCAAUGAGGGAAAAUACAUCAUUACCUGUUUAAAAAUCUAUGCUGUCCUGUGAUAAUCAAUAUUUUUUUCUGUUUGCACAUUUUUAAAAAAAAAAAACACAAAAAAACAGCGUCACUACUGUCACCUACUGUCAGUUUAAAUGUACUACAUCCUUGCUUGAUUUAUUAACAUCAGUUCUAUUCAUUUAUUUUUAAGGUGUAUUUUCUAUCAUUUUGAAGUUAUUUUUUAUUUUAUUUAAAUGUUUUUUCUGUAUUUUCUCAGUUGCUGUAAAACUGCUCAAAGUUUUGUUUCUGUUUCAAAAGUAUUCAUAUUGAACACAAGGGGGCGCUGCCCACUUUGGUUACCUUCUGCAAGAUUUUUUAUCAUUGCUACAAAUCAACUGUGGUGUAUAUUAACAUAAAAUAUUAGACAUCCCAUUUUAAAUAAACACACAACAUGCAAGCUUUUUAAUGAAUAUACCAUAACUGUUAUAAUAAGACACUUUAUUUUAAGUAUUAAUUCAAAAUUAGUACACAAAAUUUUGAUCAAAUCUGAUGCAGGAUUAAAGUAGAUAAUGUGUGUGUCGAUUUUAAAAAAACAAGAUUAAACAGUUUAGUGUUGAACACAUCAGAUCAUUCUGGCUUAAAAAGGAAGAUGGCAAACAAUGACCAAACCUUUCUGCUUAAAACCACAAUCUGUGGUGUGAAUCUUCACAGCUCGACUGAAGAAGUUAAAAAAUAAGUACAGGAAGUAGAAUGACGAAGGUUUAAGAGCUCAAGUUGUCACUGAGGUUCAGGAAGCAGAGAGACGAUGAAGCAGAGAGGAGCCAUGGUGGAUCCUAUGUGGAGGAAAAUGUUUCUGUUUUUCAUCCUGCAGUUUACAGGAGCUCUGAGCAGAGAUCUGUCUCUCUACUACGCUGUCAGAGCUGGAGAUGACGUCACUUUGUCCUGUGAAAAUGUGAUCGAUGGUCACAGUAACUGUGACCCAACAUCCUGGGUCUACAGUAAAGCAGGUCGACAAGCUGUAGAGUUAGUUAUUCUUGGGCAGGUUAAUGUUAAGGUUACCAGAUCAGACAGACUGAGUGUUUCUGCAAACUGUUCUCUGGUUGUAAAGAAAGUCACAGAUCAGGAUGUUGGUCGGUACACCUGCAGACAGCAUGAGAAACCAGGAGAAGGUCAGGUUGGUUCAGAUGCUGUGGUUCGUCUUUCUCUGGUUCACUUGACAGAACAUGAUGACCAGAACAAGAUAAUAUUAACCUGCUCUGUGGUGACAGAUGAACCAUGUAAACACUCAGUGAAGUGGUUGUAUCUGGGUUACUAUAUGGAUAAAGACAACAAAGAAAUAACAGAAUCAUCAUCUUCCUGCUCUGCUGCUGUCGCCUUCCAGACGUCUAAUUACUUUUACCAGUCAAGGUUUAACAUGUUCAAGUGUGAAGUAAAGACAGAAAAUAAAGUUCAGCUUUUUACCUUCAGCUCUCGUCCAUCAGAGAAAGACAAACCAACAACCACAUCGGCAGUUACAACUAAACCAGACAAAAUACAAACAACUGAGGAAACCAGAGUUACAACUAAACUUGAUGGAACAUCAGCCAUAAGAAUGACAAGUACAAACACUCCAACACGUGAUCCAGAUGUAGAACCAACAGACUGGUGGAGGUUCCUCUCUGGUUCUGUGGGUUUAGCUGCUCUGAUAGCAGCUGUUCUGAUCGUCACCAUUUGGGCCAGAACUAAAGGGAGGAAAACACAUCUGGAUAAAAACACUGUGUGUUAUGAUGAAGAUGAAGCUGCUCUGAACUAUGAAAACAUCAGAACUUCUUCAGUUUGAUCCUCCUGCUUUUCUCAGACUCAGUAGAUCCAGAAGAUCAACAUCAGCAGGUUUAUCUGUUUUAAUGUUAUCUGUUGUAAUAAAAAACUGCUGAAAUAUUAAAAUAACAUCUUAAAAUAAGCAUAAGAAGAGUUUAAUGAGCAGAUUGUUACUUUUCAGAUUAAAUAUCAAUUUUGUUAAUAGGUCAUUCAGAAAAUGAAUUAUUUCCUGGUUUGUGCUGCAGAGCGUCAUGAAUUAAUUAUGUCAUCCUGAUGAGUAAAGCAGUAACUGAACAGUGUGGAGAAUUUUCCUUCUCCAUGCUGAGUUCUUGAUAUAUGAGGUUGAAGAAGAGUCAGUGAGUUGAAUUCAUGAUUUUCAUUUAUUAAUACCAAAAUGCAGCUGGUCCAUUUCUCAUGUUAUCCUUAAGGGCUAGCAGAACAAAAUGGCAUCAAACAAAGUUUUUCAUCCUCUUUGUUAGCCUCUAUCUGAUCUACGCCCUAAAGAGGGCAUUUCCUAGUGUGUCAUUUCCUUUAAAUGUGUCAUUUCUUUGAAAUGUGUCAUUUCCUUUAAAUGACACCUUAGGGUCAUUUAAAGGAAAUGACCCUGGUCUGGAAAUAAAAUGUUAGGGCGUUCCCUAACAUGUCAUUUCCUUUAGCUUUAGCUUUGCAACUAGCUAAAAGAGAUAGAAGAAAAACACAGAAUUAUUUAUUCUCAACAAUAGUAUAUUUACUGCCACCUAGAGUCAGAUUUACAUCAUCGCUUUGUUUCAGGUUGAUUAGUUUUGCUCAACAUCAGCAGGUUUAUCUGUCAGUUUAUCAUCCAGUGAUCAGAACAGUUUUCCUUCAGCUCCAUGAGGGAUCAUUAUAGAUCCGUUAUAGAUUUCCACAGAAUGUUGAGUAUAAACAUUUGUCCUUUUAAUCCGCCUUAAAUUAUCCGCCUUAAAUGUAGAUAAAUAAAAUUGUUCCAGAGGUUCAAAACUCACUUUUUUUGAUUAUUUUUGGAUUAUUUUUUCUUUAUGUGUGAAGCAGCUGAAAUGACAUUUUGUUAAUAAACUGAUCUGAUUUAAGGUGGACGUGUCUUUAAUUUGUAGAAUUGAUUCUUUAUUAGUUGUUGUGACAUUUGAUCCACCUUAACCUGUUGGUGAGUUAAGCAGAACUCCUUAUCAUUAAUUUACAGGUAAUUUGUUGAAAUGUUUGGUGAUAACAAUCAAAUUUUUAAUCUUAAAAUUAAAACCA